GCGAUAGUGACCGAUACUUUCGCUUUUAAAUUGAUUCCAACGGCGGUCUCCGUGGAGUUGAACAGUUUAACUUGGCAUAAAACUUCUCAGAACGACGAACAGUUACAAUCGAUCUACUGAGCCUUGUUUAAACUCUGAAGAGCCUGAUUAGAUUCUCAGAGGAAUACGGUUUGGUUCUGCCAUGGAAACUGUGGAUCGGAUACUAGAAUCCUUGAGAAUUUCCCAAGAAAAAGGGAAUAAAGAAGAGGAAGAGAAAUCCUAUAUCGAUCUCGGUAACAUUCAUCUUGAAUUGAAACGAUACGAGAAAGCUGUGGAGUUUUAUGAAAAAGCUCUUUCGAUCUGCAACGAAACGGGACACAAAGAAGAGGAAAGACUUGUUUGCAGUAAGAUCGGAAUUUCCUUCGCUGCUCUUGAAAAAUAUGAGAAAUCUCGUGAUUACUUAGAGAAAGCUCUUGUAAUCUGCAAAGAAGCUGGACAUAGUAAAGAAGAAGGCGAGGUUCACAGUAAUCUUGGUGACGUGUACCAUGCCCUCGGUUUGCAUGCUAAAUCAAUUGAACAUCUUAACGCUGCUCUUGGGAUAAGUAAAGAAACUGGCAGCACUAAAUUGGAAGCCAAAUUAUACAAAAAGCUGGGUAACGCGCAUUUCGAUAUUAGACAAUAUGAAGAGUCCAUUUCCCAUUUCCAGAAAAGCCUGGAAAUUCGAAAAGCAAUAAAAGACAGAGGUGGAGAAGGUCGCCUCUACAAUUUACUGGGUUACGUUCAUCGUGCCCUUAGUCAGUUUGAGAAAUCCAUCGAAUACUAUGAGAAAACUCUCGAGAUCAGUGAGGAGGUCGGGGAUAAUAAAAGGAAUGGGAACACUCACAUAAACCUCGGAGAUGUCUAUCAUGCUCUAGGCCAGUAUCAAAAGUCAGUCGAGUAUUUAAGAAAAGGUCUUCAAUUGAGCAAGGAGGCUCAGAGCAAAGAAGGAGAAGGGAGGGCCUAUAGCAGUCUCGGCCAAGUGUAUCACGCUCUUGGUGAAUACGACAAAGUGAUAGAAUGCUCGACAAAAAGCCUUGAAAUAAGUUUAGAAGUGGGAGACAGAUAUGUAGAAUGUACAUCCCUCAGUAAUAUGGCUGGUGUGCACCAUGUCCAAGGCCAAUACGAUAAAUGUCUCGAGUAUUAUGAGAAAGCCCUGGAGAUCUAUCAGUCGCUCGGAGAUUAUCACGGGCAAGGAACGAUUAACACAAACCUUGGCACUCUGUAUUGCGCUUUAAGCCAGUAUGAGAAAUCCAUCACGUGCUACGAAAGAGGAAUAAAGAUCUGCAAAGAGAUAGGAGACAGACAAGGAGAAGCAAGGGCUUACCUUAACCUAGGCAGAGUUGAAGAAGUUAUUGCUAAUUUUGAUGAAUCUCUUAAAUCAUUGCACAGAUCUCUUGAAAUCAGUCAAGAUAUCGGGGACCAACAAGUCGAAGGGGCGUCUUACAGCAGCAUGGGUGGUGUAUACAGUUCUCUUGGUCAGCUCACCAAAUCGAUAGAAUGUCAAGAGAAAGCCAUUAAAAUCUAUGAGGCGAUUGGAGAAAAGCAGGGACUGGGAGAGUCUUAUAACAAAGUUGGCAGCGUCUAUAGUGAUCUUGGUCAGUUCCAAAAGGCACUGGAAUACUACGAGAAAGGUCUUGAGAUAAGAAAAGCUAUCGGUGACAGGCAAGGAGAAGCUGCAUCCUACAACAAUUUUGGCAGUAUCUACUACGAACUUCGACAGAUGGAAAAAGCAAUUGAGAACCACGAGAAAGCAUUGCUAAUUAGAAAAGAGAUUGGAGACAAACGAGGAGAAGGUGUAUCUUGCAACAACCUGGGCAGUGUAUACAACGAUUUAGGCCAAUAUGAGACUGCAAUCGUUCAUUUCAGAAGGAGUCAAAAAAUAAGUUCGGAGAUUGGAGAUAGGCCAACGGAGAGAGUUUCUUACAUCAACAUAGGCAACUUGUAUUCAGCAAAAGGCCAAUAUGCUGAGUCACUAGAGUGUCUAAAGAAAGCGCUUGACAUCAGCAUCGCUAUUGGAGAUAAACCAGGAGAAGCAGCAUCCUUAAGUAAUCUGAGCUCUGCGUACUAUGCUCUUCGAAAAUACGGUGAGGCGGCAGAGUAUCAAGAAAAAGCAUAUGAAAUAAGGAAGGUCAUUGAUGAUAAACGUGGAGUGGCUGUUUCGUGCAUCAAUCUUGGAAAUCUUUAUGCCGCUCUUAGUCAAUAUAAGAAAAGUAUCAAGUAUUACUUGGAAGCCAUAGAGGCCAGCGAAGCUACAAAUCAGAAACAACAGCAAGGAAUAUUGUACAGCAAUCUUGGUCGUGUAUAUGGAGCACUUGGGCAGAAAGAACGCUCCAAAGAAUGUCUCGUGAAAGCAAUUGAAACCAGUAAAGAGGUUGGAGACAAAGAAACAGAAGGCAUGUCCUGCAACAUCCUGGGAACCAAGUGCUAUGCCCUGCGCGAGUACAACGAAGCCCUCAGCUAUUUUGAACAAAGUCUUAGGAUAAUGGAACUUCGCGAGGACAAAGAAGGGGAGAAAACAACUUAUCACAACUUGGCCACUGUGCACGAGGCUCUUGGUCAGAUUACAGACGCCAUUCAGUGUCACGAAAAGGAACUCAACAUUAUCACAAAGCAUGAUUUUGGCAAGAGGGAGGAAGAGGCGUCAUGUAGCAAACUCAGCAGUCUUUAUAAGGCCCUUGGUCAGUAUGAGAUGUCAAUCAGCUACGGGGAGAAAGCCCUGGAAAUCAGUAAAGCUCUCGGCGACAAACUAGGCAUUGGGAAAGCGUACGAGCUACUUGGAACUGCCUAUCAUUCUCUCCGUCAAUACGAAAAGUCCAUCGGGUACAGGAAAAUGGCGAUUGAGAUUAGUAAAACUAUCGGUGCCAGAAAAGCUGAGGCAAGAUCUCACAGCCAACUUGGACACGUUUAUUACGACCGUGGAUUCUUCGAGAAAGCUAUUGAAAGUCAUAAAGAGAGUCUCGAAAUCCGAAAAGCUAUAGGCGACAGACAUGGCGAACUAACCUCACACAACAACUUAGGAACUGCAUACUACGCACUCGAUCAGCUUCAAGAAGCCAUUGAAUCUUUCCAAUCAAGUCUUCAAAUAAGUGAAGAAAUCGGGGAUAAAGUUGGAGAAAUAACAGCUUGCAACAACCUUGGUAAUGUGUACAAUCUUCUCUACCGUCAUGAAAGAAUGAUUGAAUAUCAGGAAAAAGCACUUACAAUCAGCAAAUCUAUAGAGGAUAAACAAGGCGAGGGAACGUCCUAUAGCAACCUUGCCAUUGCGUACCACGCAAUUGGUGAACUUGAGAAGUCAGUCGAGUACGAACUGAAAGCAUUGGCGAUCAAUAAUGAGAUUGGUGAUAAACUACGAGCAAGCAUUUCCUACAACAACCUUGGCAGAAUAUAUUACAUUUUUGGAAAAAACAAGGAGUCAGUAGAGUGUUUCAAAAAAGGGCUCGACGUCAAGAGAGAAUUAAACGAAAGAGAAGGUCAACGGUGUUGUCACAGCAGCCUUAGCCUUUUGUUCAGUAACCUGGGCGAGUAUGAAAAGGCGAUUGAACAUCAGCAAGAAGCUCUUGAGAUCUGCGUGGCAACUGGCAAUAGGGAAGGCGAAAUACUAUCCAAUGAAGCCCUCGGCACUACCUAUUACUUGUUUGGUCAGUUCUCCCAAUCAAUUCCAUGCCAGGAGAAAGUACUGGAGUUGAGCAAAGUAGCUGGAGAUAGAAAGAAAGAGGGAACAGCUUACAGCAAUUUAGGAACCAUCUAUCAUGCUCAGAAGGAACUUGAAAAAGCAGCUGAGUAUCAACAAAUUUCGCUUGCCAUCUUCGAGGAAAUUGGCGAUAAACACGGAGAAACCUUAUCGUGUAACAAUCUUGGUAGCAUUUACUGUGAUCUUGGCCAACAUCAGAAGUCCAUACUGUAUCACGAAAGAGCUUUGGGGCUCUGUAAAGAAAUCAGCGCCAGAAGAGGACAAUUGCAGAGCUUCAAACGCCUUGGUACAGCAUGCAAUUUUCAGGGCCAAAGUGAAAGGGCUAUUGAAUAUUACAAGAAAGGUCUGGAGUUAAGCAGUAAAAUGGGUGACAAAAAGGAACAAUGGGCACUCUACCAGAAGCUUUACACUUUAUUUAAUACACUUGGUAGGAAGGAGGAAGCUGAUAAGUGCCAAGUGAAAGUAGAGCAAAUCAAGGAAGAGCUUGGGGAAAGACCAGAAGAAAGAGAAUCUGAACAAAUUACCUCCCAGUGUGUAUAUUACGUUUUCGACCUUUAUGAGAAGUCCAUUGAAAAUCAAGAGAGGCACAAAAUGCGUAAUGCCCAAAGAUACGAGGAACAUAAUCCUGGCAAGGCGUCAAUCAGGCACCACGAGAGAGAGAUGGAGAUAAGUAGAGUAACCGGCCACAAAUCAGGAGAGGAGACUGCUUAUCACUCACUCGCAAACACUUACCUGAAUCUCGGAGAGUAUGCUAAGUCCGUUGAGUAUUUUGAUAACGCCUUGAAGCUAGCCAAAACAACUGGGAGAAGAAGAGCCGAGGCAAAGUCAUACAAUGGCCUUGGAAUUGUGUACCAAACCCUUGGUCAGCACGAGAAGGCAAAAACCUAUCACGAGGAAGCGUUUAAAAUUCAGCUCGAAAUUCAAGACGAGAGUGAAGAAGCAUCCUACACGAACCUAGCAGGUAUAUACCGUGAGCUAGGUCACUACGACAAUGCCACUGAAUAUCAAAAAAAGUCCCUCAGCAUCUGUAUCCAAAAUCACGACAGAGAGGGGGAAGCCACAUCAUAUAAUAACCUCGCUAGCAUAGCCAAUGCUCGUGGCCAACAUGAUGUCUCCUUAGACUAUCACCAGAAAGCUCUUAAAAUCAGGCAGGAGAUUAAGGAUAAACAGGGAGAGGGAAUCACCUAUGUUAACCUAGGAAACGUUUACUUCGCACUAAGACAAUAUGAAAAAUCUAUCAGUUACCUAGAGAAGGGACUUGAAAUCAUCAAAGAAACUGGGCUGAAGGAAAAAGAACACUUGAUCUUGUACAGUCUAGGUGUCAGUCAUUUUCACCAGGAUAGCUUCACGAAAGCAUCGGACUACUUCUUUGAAAGUAUAAAAGGCCACGAAAGCAUCAGAGAAUCUCUCAAAGAUGAAUACAAGCUCUCAUUAGACGAGCAACGAGUUUCUUUUUAUAAGGGACUUCCCUUGUUAUUACUCAACCUUGGAAAAAAGGGAGAUGCCCUAUGUGCAGCAGAGAAAGGACGAGCUCGUGCACUUGUAGAUCUGAUGUCAGUCAAUUUCGGCAUACAAGAAGUUGAAAACACAAGUGAAUUUACUUUGAGUUCGAUUACAAGGCUAGUGGAGAGACAGCAAGUUGAUUUCCUCUUCAUGAGCGUCAUAACCAAACACAUAUAUCUCUGGGUUAUAGACAAGGUCGGGAAGAUAAGCACCAACGCCAGUCUGAGAGGACCAGAGAUUGAUACCCCCUCUUUGAAUGAUUUGGCGCCAGUGACUUUGGAAGGAACAGAGAUUGAUACCACUGCUUUAAAAAACUUAGCGUUAAAAACAUUAACAUUCUUACCUGCAGACAACUAAGAAGAAUACGAAGAUCGGUCUUUUGCCGCGUUUUAUGAAGAGGAAUGAUCGACAGAAGAGGCACAAAGCGAUGAAGGCGACCCGUAUUGUCUCCGUGGUAACGACGACGAAGAAAGAGAAAUCAACUUAAAGAAACUUUACGACCUCUUAAUUGGGCCUAUCCUUGAAUUUAUCAGUGGUCCAGAUAUUGUCAUCAUCCCUGAGGGCGACAUGUUUUUGAUCCCCUUUGCGGCCUUGAAAGAUCCCGAUGGAAAGUGCAUGUCAGAAACGUGGCGCAUUCGGCUUAUUCCUUCUCUGACAUCCCUUCUGGUCAUUCAAGACUCACCUGAAGAAUACCAUUCCCAGACUGGGGCAUUGAUUGUGGGUGAUCCAGUAGUUACCGGGGUAGAGUUUGAAGGAAAGGUUGGAAAUCUGCGACCUCUGCCGCACGCCAGAACAGAAGCUGAUAUGGUAUCUCGUUAUGUGACGGCACCGGUAUUCAAACUUAUUGGAGAGCAAGCUACUAAGGAGGAAGUUUUAACAAGGAUCCAGGAUGUAAGUGUGGUGCACAUCGCCGCUCAUGGAGAUGCGGAAAGAGGAGAAAUUGCCCUGACGCCGAAUAAGCACACAGAUGGAAUUGCCAGAAAGGAAGAUUAUAUGCUAACAAUGGAGGAUAUAGCAAAAGUAGGCAUAAGGGCCAAACUUGUAGUGCUGAGUUGCUGCAAUAGUGGACGUGGCAAGGUACUGACAGCAGAGGGAGUUGUCGGGAUAUCUCGAGCCUUCCUUGGAUCUGGUGCCAGAUCCGUUCUGAUGUCCCUGUGGCCUGUGAAUGACGCGGCUACGAAGGCUUUCAUGAAUGUGUUCUACAGAAGUUUGAUGUGGGACAAAAAAAGUGCAAGUGAGGCACUUAACUUGUCUGCAAAGAAAUUGAGAGGGUCAGCACUCUAUAAGCACUUUAAACAUUGGGCUGCGUUUGCACUCCUUGGUGAUGAUAUCAAGUUUGAUUGACGGAAGGGAUACCUAUAAAAGCACGAAUGCUUCCUCUCAAUACGCAAAGAUCCCGUCUGGCAGACCGAUGUACUUUAUCUUCCUGACUCCCGGUGCGACACAGGAAAAAGCUGAUUCAAAUCUCAGGACAUUUCGAAUUCUCGACUUCCCCAAAUAAACAAUUGUCUUUUUUUAUCGUUUUUCCUGACUUAGAUCAGUAGAACGUAGCUAGUUCGUUGCGCUGAAGUAUUCUUUUUAACCUGAGCGAGGAGAGAAAAUUGAAUAAUGGAGGUUUAUUUUUAUCAUCCGCUAUCGCUGUUUAAAAGUGUGAAAAUCCAAUACAGUCGAACCUCGAUUAUCCGGACUAUUCGAUUAUCCGGACUAUUCGAUUAUCCGGACUAUUCGAUUAUC